AUGGCAACGAGCUUUUUACCAAAAUUUCCUCCCAAUAUUUUCUUGGUAUUGGUCGUAGCCACGGCCAUGUAUGCAGCCAAAGCUACGAACCUUGGCAAUUCCAAUGCCACGACGAUCCCAGUUGCAGGCAUUGCUGGCAAGGCUUGGACAUACACCCAAUUUGGCACUAUCUAUGUUGUCGACAACAAUAUCACCGAAACCCCAGAUCCAACGUCACCCAUAGUUGGGCAACUUCAAGGCCUGUACGUGAUAGCUGCGUUGGAUGGGUUGGAUUCAUAUGUUACGACAUCAAUAAUGUUCACAAAUAAGCAGUACAACAGAAGCACCAUACAACUACAAGGUACACGUUUUAUCAAGCAACCUGUUGGAGAGGUUGCAGUGGUGGGCGGGACAGGGAAAUUCCGAUUUGCUAGGGGCAAUGCAACUGCUGAGACAUAUUCCUUGGACGUUACUACCCAAUACACGGUUAUCCAAUGCAAUGUCACGGUGCAACUUUCCUAG